ACUGUACUUGGAAGUUGGAAGCACCCAACAACAACACAAGUUCUCAUAUGGCCCCGCCCACUCUCUGGCUCCGCCCACUCUCGCCUCAUUGGCCAGCUGGGUCCUAAGGUAGAAUUUAAAAAGCAGAGCUUGCCUAAGCUCGGCAUCCCGAGGGAAAGGGGAAGAGCCAAGAGGAAGACCUUUCUCUCCGCCUCCUUCGGACCAUGCAGGCCUCCCGGGUUGUUUGCUCGCUCUGCCUCUUCUUCCAGGCUCUCCUGCCUUCCGGGCGAGGCUGGCAAGUGCUGAAAAACGACGCCACGGAGAUCGUGCCGGACUUCCCGGAGAAUACCGAGGAGCCGACCUACGCGCAGCAGCAGGACAACGAGACCAUGAACAACCGGGCGCAGCAAGGGGAGAGGGUCCCCCAGGUUUCCCUCAACAGGAUGGAACCGUUAGAAUUCAGCUGCCGGGAAGUGUAUUCCACCCGCUAUGUCACCGAAGGCCUGUGCCGCAGCAUCAAGCCAAUCAGGGAGCUGGUAUGUUCUGGCCAAUGCCUCCCUGCUCAUCUUCUCCCAAAUUCAAUUGGUAAAGGAAAAUGGUGGCGGCAGAACGCCCUGGAUUACCGCUGCAUCCCUGCCCACAGCCGCUCCCUGCGCGUCCAGCUCACCUGCCCCAAUGAGGAUAUGCGGACAAUCAAGAUCCGGAGUAUCACCGCUUGCAAAUGCAAACGGUACACCCGCUACCACAACCGUUCCCAGCUCAAGGACUUCAGCAAAGAGACUGCUCGGCCUCAAAAGAACAAAAAGCUACGCUUCUCCAGAACCAGGGGCAGUAAGGCCCAUCAGCCGGAGCUUGAGAACUCCUACUAGUGGAGGAUUGGUUUGAAUGAAGCCUAGCCAAGACGUGGAGAGAAUUUACAUUUGUCUGACCCACCCUCCUAUUUUUAAAAAAUAAAAAAAUGGGACAGAUUGGGAGGAUGGGGUGGCCAUAGACACACAAAUACCUAUCUUGUGCCAACAGGGGGUCAGAUCUGAUAUAGCCAAAAGCGAUCAAACUCUCCUUGGGAUAUCCAGGGAGAGAGAAAGAUGGAGAGUCAGGAGGAAAAAGAAAGAAUGGAAUUGGAUAAGAGAAAGAAGCUGUUAUCAGCCUGAAAGAGAAAAGUUAUUCACAGGUUAGGAAGGGUUGAUUGAAACAUAAGCUAAAGAAAGGCCUUCCAUUCUCCACGUUUUCCUUGUCUUUCCUUGACUUGGCCAAGGAUUGGCUUCUCUCUGCAGAAGCAAACAUACAUCAGUUUAGAAAAAUGUGAUAUUUCAAAGGGCAUGUGUUCACCUGCAUGCAUUGCCAUUGCUGUCUUUUAUGCUUUCCUCUCUCGAAUUGUCUAUAAAUCAGAGCAUGGAAAAGUAUGGACUAUAACUUAGAGAAUAUUUUCGCCAGUUUUGGACUAUAAUGUAAAGAAUAUGCUGGCUGGGGCAUUAUGGGAGUUAUAGUCCAGAUUUUGUCCAUGACUUAGUUUUGGUAUUCAUGCAUUGACUCUUGCUGUUCUGCUGUAUUAUGCUUGAUCUAUAGGUAAGUUGGUUUCCUCUUCUUGAGGAAAGGCUAUGCAAUGUGUCAACUAUGGAAGUAAAGGGUUUUUUUGUAAUCCAGCUAUAAUAUAUACAGCCAUAUUGUCCAGCUGUUUUGUACAAAUGCAUUUAUAUUUUCUAAUAGCGGUUUUGGGGCAUGUAAUAUCUGGAAAGAAAUCUUCAAAAGUCUUUGUUAGGAAAAGUAAAAGAGAUGCAGGUUUAGUGAGUGGCAAAUGAAUGGCACAACAACGAGUCAAGUAUAUAGUUAUAUGUACAUACUUCCUUGCAUUGAUGUGGGUGUGCAGAAUACAUACAGGGCUUUUCGAAGGCUUUCAUGGCCAGGAUCACAGGGUUGUUGUAUGUCUUUCAGGCUGUGUGGCCAUGUUCCAGAAGCAUUCUCUCCUGACGUUUCGCCCACAUCUAUGGCAGGCAUCCUCAGAAGCCAUAGAUGUGGGUGAAACGUCAGGAGAGAAUGCUUCUGGAACAUGGCCACACAGCCCGAAAGACAUACAACAACCACAUACAGGGCUGAUAAGAAGGAAUGGCAUUAUAGGGUAAUAGCCAGAGUCUAUGGAUUAGCAGGUUGCUCAAUGCUGAUAUUUUCCUUUCGUGUCAUAGGAAGCGACCAAGUCAAAUCACUGGUUCAUUUUAGGGAUGGAAUUAAUAUUUGAAAAACAUUUUAACAAAGAAAAAAAGGUUUCCUGGGUAUUUGGAAACACUGACAUUGCAGUUUCAGAUUUAUUCUGCAUGAAAAACAUGUGUGGGAUUUUUGUCACAUCAAACAGCAUUUUAAGUGCAGGAUACAGGGGCCGUACAGUAUAAAGUUUCUUAUUAUAAUUCCAGGAAUCACUAGUUCUACUAUUAUCCUUUCUCUUCUGUUUACCUCUCUUCUUUCUUUCUCAGUUCCACACUCCUUAUUCAUCUUCCCCUAUCCCAGUGGUUCUCAACCUGUAUGUCCCAGGUGUUUUGGCCUACAACUCCCAGAAAUCCCAGUCAGUUUACCAGCUGUUAGCAUUUCUGGGAGUUGAAGGCUAAAACAUCUGGGGACCCACAGGUUGAGAACCAUUGCCUUAUUCACAUUCUUUUCUGAAAAUACAAAACAAGUUUCUAGUCCACACAAUUGCAAAAUAUUUGGGGGUGGGGGUACAGGGAAUUACCAGAAAGGGAUCAAAAUUCCUUGGUUUGAGAAAAAUAGGUUUCUGGAUACAAUCCUGAUGAACUGCCUACACAGAAGCUGACUGUAUGGGGGUUAGUUUUUUUUUAAUGCAUUCAGUGUUUACCAAGAGCUGCCUCAUAACCUACCUAUGUUAUCUGAACGUAAUUUGGAUGUCAGCAUUUGUAAAAUGUUUAGUCUGGGAUCAGUCUAAUACCAUUCAGUAAUGUAUGGCUUGUCUGCUUUGGUUUAUCUUCUUUUUAUUAUUUUUUUAUGUUUAUGUGUUUCAGAGAGUUGAAAUUCUUUUCUGCCCUUAUCAUGCACAAUAUCCAGAUUUUCAGUUCUCUGUAGUGUCUAAAAUCCCUUUAUAAAGCACAUUCAUUUUUCUAAGUGCUGUGUAACAGCAAAUAAUAUGAAAUUAUUAUUUAUUUCCAUUGUGUUGUUGUUUUGAUCCCUAUAAAUGUAGGAACAAGAGAAUUUGCACAUAGAUUAUUAUCUAGAAGUCGAUCUCACUGCAUUCAGUAGACCUUACUCCCUGUAUGUUGGAGUCAGAUUUAGUCAUGAUAAACAAAGCAAUCCUUAUGGAAUCAAUGUAAGGAAUCAGUAUAUGGGUCCUUCAGAUGUUGUGAGACUGCAGCUCCCAUCAUUCCUACUUCGGAAUCUGAAAGGCCAUGCAUUACCUAGACCCCGAUCUAAGUUAUUAUGAAAAAGAGUGUAUGUGGACCACAUAGUUAUCCAUGUUUCAUCCCAUUUUAAUUAUCAGGGUUCCAUCCAAAUGAAUCCUGGGUUUUGUAGUUUGAUGAGACACUAUGAAUUAUUUACCAGGGAAUUAUAUGCUCUCUAAUGAGUACAACAUCAGAUCUCUCUAGCAAGGAAUUCAAAAUACUACAUCAUACUAAAACUCACAGGAUUUUAGAGGAUGGAACUAUGACCAUUAAAGUGAUAUCAUACAGAUACUCUUCUAUGUCUGGAUCCAGUUCUGUGUUUGAACUGAAGAAUAUAUAAAUACUACUUUUUUGGGGACUUGAUCCCCAAUAGUCAUGGUGGCUGGAGGUUAUGGGAAUUGUCUUCUUAAAAAGUAUACUUUUCCAAGUUCUAUACUUCCCCAAUCUUCCUGAACAUUAUCCUCUCCAUAUGUUUUGCCUUACAGCCACUGUCAGAUCAGUCCAGCAUAACCAAGAUGGAAGUUGUCCAGAGUAAUUUCUAGUUCACUUUGUCUGUAAUUGAAAUAGAAAUUUACUAUCGUGACUUGUUUUCCUGGAGUCUCUGGCACACCUCGAAAAUGCCUAGAGAGAACACAUGUUUUCAGAAGCGGAUCACAAGUACUAGGCCCCUUCUACACUGCCAUACUAAAUCCAGAUUAUCUGAUUUGAACUGGAUUAUAUGGCGAUGUAGAGUCAUAUAACCCAAAGGAGAUAAUGUGGAUUAUCUGUUUUGAUCAUCUGGAUUAUAUGGCAGUGUAGAAGGGGCCCUAGUUCCACAGAUAUGGGGCCCUAUUGUACUCUUACUGAAAAACCACCGGUGGUCUUUAGGGCCUCUUCUACACUGCCAUAUAAUCCAGGUUAUCAAAACAGAUAAUCCACAUUGUCUACUUUGAACUGGAUUAUCUGAGUCUACAUUGCCAGAUAAUCCAGUUCAAAGCAGAUAAUUAGGAUUUUAUAUGGCAGUGUAGAAGAGGGCUAGGUUGCACAUAUAUUAUCAAACUUCAAAUCAUAGUAGUACAACAGUUCAAUAUCUGAAUAGCUUUUUGUCUGAUAGUUCUAGUUCCAGCAUUGGCACAGUUCAGAAGAUGCAUGGUAUUUUCUACAUCCUUGGUGGAUUUUGUUUCUAGUUGGUGGACUUGGUAAUAAAAACCAAGAACAGACUUUUUCUGAGAUUUCAAUGCCAUAUUUAUUUCACUGUAAAAAGUAUUUAUGCAAUAUGUUUCCUUGUCUUUGUAGCGAACUGGGCAGUCCUCCUGUGAUAUUUAACCUCAUGUUUUUAGAGAUGUACAGAUAUAUUCCUCAAAGUAUUAAAUUAAUAAAGACAUGUUCAGUGAAAAAA